AUGGCCCAAUCGAUGCGCACCGCAGCGACAGGCACCGAGUGCCGCGCAUUCAGCAGCGGCAGGAGGGCUGCCGCCCCUCGGGCGGCCGCGCCCGCCCGCCGUGUGCAGCAGCAGCAGCAGCAGCAGUGCAUGCGCGCCGCAGCGCCCGCGCCCAUGGUGGCGGCCCGCAGGCCCACGCUUGUGCAGGCAGUGGCUUCCCAGCAGUCUUCGGCGCAGCAGCAGCAGGCCUCUGGCGAGAAGGUGUGGUGGGCGCUGGUGGCCAACGCCGAGUUCUACUGCGCCGAGGUGCAGAACGAGUCGGUGGCCGAGCAGCUGCGCGAGAAGGCGCGCUACUUCCGGGAGCAGGGCAAGGAGCAGGACUUCUUCCUGGUGCCCAACCCCAAGUGGCUGGACGCCAAGUACCCGGCGCAGGGCAAGCAGGUCCGCCGCCCCUGCCUGGCCCUGGUGUCGACCGACACCACCUGGAUCACCUUCAUGAAGCUGCGCCUGGACCGCGUGCUGAAGAUCGAGCUGGUGGGGCUCACCACCGAGGAGGUGCUGGAGGCCGGCGAAGCGCUGCCCGAGUUCAAGCGGCCCGAGAUCAAGACCUCCCCCUACCCCUGGUACAGCGCCGGCUGGUGGGAGAAGUUCUACCCCCCCAGCUCCCAGUAG